AUGAACGCUACACGCACCCUCUUCGCUCGCCAGCCCAUGAUCCGUUUCCUUGGAAAGAGAUCAAUCCCUUCCAGUAUGUGGCUUCAUGUCAAAGCUCCGACGACACCGUCUAACACCCAAGCAGAGAUUGACCACACUCCUCACGCCCACCCCGCCGCUCCCACCUCUGAGCUUCCCGAGUCUUUCGCUUCCUACAGACAAAAGGCCCAACAGCACGGUCCCUUGCACCGCCGUACCGCCGCCAGCCAAUACGGUGGCUUCGUCGGCGGCAAGCCCGGAAAGUCGCUCGGCCCUGUCGAGCCUGCAUCCGGCGAGUUCUUCGACCGCAGCGACCUCCCUGCCCGUUUCGCCAGAACCUCAUGGACCGCGGCUGAGAUCGAGGCCAUCGAGUCCGGCGGUGCCAGCAUGUUCGCAUAA